CUGAUGCUCCUUUUACUCUGGAAAGAACAUGCCAGGCAGCCUCUGCCCUUCAGCCUGUACCCCAGAAUGGGAGACACAUGGGACAGACUCAAGCUGUACCCUGAAGCAGAGCUGCCUAGUUGACUGCAGACCUGUUAGCUUUAUACGUCUACGAAUAUUUACUGCACGUAGGAGCACAGAAAUCUGCACAGACCUUCUUAUCGGAGAUUCGAUGGGAAAAAAACAUCACGUUGGGAGAACCGCCUGGGUUUUUGCACUCGUGGUGGUGUGUAUUUUGGGACCUUUACUGUGCCGCUCCUGAAAGGAGAGACACUUGUGAACAUUCGAGUGAAGCAAAAGCCUUUCAUGAUUAUAGUGCAGCAGCUGCCCCGAGCCCCGUGCUUGGCAACAUUCCCCCCAACGAUGGGAUGCCGGGAGGCCCCAUCCCGCCAGGUUUCUUUCAGGGUCCUCCGGGGUCACAGCCCUCGCCGCACGCACAGCCUCCACCUCACAAUCCUAGCAGCAUGAUGGGACCCCACAGUCAGCCUUUUAUGUCACCGCGAUACGCCGGCGGCCCCAGGCCCCCGAUCAGAAUGGGAAACCAGCCUCCAGGAGGAGUUCCUGGGACACAGCCAUUGCUGCCCAAUUCCAUGGAUCCCACACGACAACAAGGCCACCCCAACAUGGGAGGAUCAAUGCAGAGAAUGAACCCUCCCCGAGGCAUGGGGCCCAUGGGUCCUGGCCCACAGAAUUAUGGCAGCGGCAUGAGACCACCACCCAACUCCCUCGGCCCCGCCAUGCCCGGGAUUAACAUGGGCCCGGGAGCUGGCAGACCCUGGCCCAAUCCUAACAGUGCUAACUCAAUUCCAUACUCCUCCUCAUCACCUGGUACCUAUGUGGGACCCCCUGGUGGUGGCGGUCCUCCAGGAACACCCAUUAUGCCCAGUCCCGCAGAUUCAACAAAUUCCAGUGACAACAUCUACACAAUGAUUAAUCCGGUGCCGCCUGGAGGCAGCCGGUCCAACUUCCCGAUGGGUCCCGGCUCGGACGGUCCGAUGGGCGGCAUGGGCGGCAUGGAGCCACACCACAUGAAUGGAUCGUUAGGGUCAGGCGACAUAGACGGACUUCCAAAAAAUUCUCCUAACAACAUAAGUGGCAUUAGCAAUCCUCCAGGCACCCCUCGAGAUGACGGCGAGCUAGGAGGGAACUUCCUCCACUCCUUUCAGAACGACAAUUAUUCUCCAAGCAUGACGAUGAGUGUGUGAUCCCCCCUUCUCCGAGACGCUGAGAGAGCGGGCAUUGCAGGCGGGAAGAUGCCAGAAAUUAUGCAAGAAGUGAGGUGUCAUUAUCCAGGAGCUGGUGGGGAGGGCAUCUCCCUGCUCCCCUCAACCCCCUCCCACCCCAUCCACGCCCCCCACCUUUCCCAAUUUUAGUUUCAUGCAAUAAAAAGGCCGAACUUUUUAUUCCAUAAAACAUGAAGGACAAAACUCAAAAAUGUAUUUCAAGUCAGUGACCAGAAAAAUCGCACCCCUUGCCCUUUCCCCAAAGGACCUUUUCCGUACACGACACUUUUUUGUUUUUUGUUUGGGGUUUUACCGUUGGGAUUUUUUUAUUUGUUUUCAGGGGGGGUUUUUUGGGGAAAAUUUUUUUAAAUGGAAGCUUCUAGCAAGCCCCCCACCCCAAUCAACCUCUAUGCUUUCUUCUUAAAAAAAAAAAAAAAAAAAAAAAAGGAAAACCAGAAGCCCUGCUGUCUGUCUGUCCCCAAGCCCUUCCACCAGAAAAGCUAGUCUAGGUGUGAGAGCCCACAUUGUCUGUAGCCAUCAAAAAUAAUAAUAAUAAACUGGACAGUUUACAA